AUGCACUGGCAAAAAUCUUCUGCUCCAGACCAGCAGCCACAGCCUCGUCCCUACCAGGGUGUCCGUGUGAAGGAGCCAGUGAAGGAGCUGCUGAAGAGGAAAAGGGGCAAUGUCCACAAUGCCAAUGCAGCAGCAGCUCCAGCGGUUGUUUUGCCCCAUCAGCCACUUCCUUCUUAUUCCUCAAUGGGCCAGCCUUGCAUUGACAUGGAUGCUGCUGCCCCUACAUUGCCUGUCCCAGAGGAAGGAGCUCCCUGCUCUGGCUGGAUCUCCCAGCCCUCUCCCACACCCCUGCAGCCUCUCCCUCAGUGGACCUCUUACCCUGAGUACAUGUCCCACGAAGCUGUGAGCUGUCCCUGCACUGCAGACAUGUAUGUUCAGCCCAUGUGUCCCAGCUACACCUUGGUUGGACCUUCAUCUGUGCUGACUUACACUUCUCAGCCACUGAUCACCAAUUUUGCACCCAGAAGCACCACCCCUGCUGUCGUGCCUCAGCUGGAGGGGUCGGAGCAGCAGGCAACGCUCACCUACUUCCCCUUCCCAUGGGCACAGCCCCUCUCUGCCCUGCCAGCCUCCCCUCUGCAGUACCAGCCAGCUUCUUCCACACUGCCAGGGCCCCAGUUUGUGCCUGUGCCCAUCUCCAUCCCUGAGCCAGCCCCCCAGGAGCUGGAGGACGCCCGACGAGCCAUUGGAGCGUUGCCCAUCGAGAAGUUGCUGCUGGAAGACGAAGACAACGAUACGUAUGUGUUAAACCAUGCUCUCUCUGUUGAAGGGCUUUAA